CUGCGCUUCACUGACAACCCGAACUUCCGUUUAACGCUGUCUCGUCUCUGCUCCCUACAACUGCUCCUACAACCUCCUCGCCAUCCCAGCCUUAUUGAGCAACGACCAGUCAAUGUCUGUUUUACAGUUUGUUCAGAAUGCGGUUCUCCCUGCUAUCCCGCGGCACUCUCGACUUUCUUCCAGCUCGACAACAACUCCCUCACACCCGCUAACCGACUUGAGCGUUAUCGAGGAGUGGGUUGACUUCCCCCAUGCGGUUCGGUCGAAUCGCUCUCUCCUGAGCGGAAGUUUGUUCCAAGGAACCAUCAAUAAUACGCUUAAAACUCCCGUCUCAUCUGAGCAGAACGUCCAAGCUUUUGCUGACGGUACUUUGCACCAGAGCUUGACGGAUAUCCUUGAGGCACUGGGCCAUGCCGGGUAUCACAUCGUCGACAUUACGGGCACCAAAUCGGUAAUCUUGGACCCGGACCGGAUUCUUGACGGUGGCGAGGAAAAACCCAUUCUGACGAUAGAAUUCAAGACCCCUUGGGCUUUUCCAAAACUACGCCAACUUGUUCAGACCUACCAGAGCGCGCAGCCCAAAUCGAAAGUUCGCCGCGAUGUCAAUCAAAUCUAUGGGUACAUGACGUUUAACCACCACCGCUACGGAGUUCUCACGACGUAUGAGGAAACAUACUUUUUGCAACGCGAAUGGUCUGAGCCUGGCGGCCGUCUCCAGGUAGCAGGACCAUUUAGCUACGACAGAAGCUCCCCUUUCACCGUCUUAGAAGCUUAUACCACUCUUCUGUUACUCUGCAUCGACAAUUGGUUUUAUGUGUCGCCCACCACCUCGCCGGCGCCAUCCCGAUCGGUAUCCGCUUCUGCAUCCCCGUCAACUUCGCGCCCGUCCACACCAAUGCCAUACAUUCUCACCGAUGUCGAUAUCAAUGAUGUCAUGUUCAACAAAGGACGAGCCAGGGCCCGCAUGGGUGCGGUGGUGGAGGGAACGUUCCGGGGAGCAAAGGUUAUCUUCAAGAUAGUCGACGAAAGCAAGAACCAUCAAUUCUCAACCGAGCUAGACAAUGAAGUAGACCAGUAUCGCGCCCUUGCACACCUCCAGGGUCGUACCAUUCCCCGUUUUCUGGGGUACAUUCGAGUGUGGAACAUGCUGAAAAUCCUGGGGCUGGAAGACUGUGGGGUUACUUUGAAGAAAUCGGACCUCACUCCUCAGCUGAUUGACGAAUGCUUUGCUUGCCUGCGUUCGCUACACCAAUCCGGCAUCGUGCAUGGAGAUGUCCAUCAGGGAAAUUUCGUCUAUCACCCGAGCUCUGGAGUGCGUCUGUUGGAUUUGGGUUUCGCGCGGACGGGACCAGCGACUGACAUGGAGGAGGAGUUCGAGGAGCUGACCACCGAUCUUGAGUGACCGCACAACAUACUCACGCCAUGUUCUUUUGUAGAGUCCUUCGCAAGCUCCUAUUGAUAAGGCUCAAAUAGUUCGUAAUGACACCCUCAAAGCAUGAUUAAUUGCGAUGGGAGUCCUUGCUGAGUAGAAUAGUUCCCGUAAUUGCUUCUCUCUCCCACCCCGAAACGAUCAUGCAAGCACGAGUUGGGAAUGUCUAUAUAUCUAUUGACUGACUUGGGAGAUUGACAGUUCGACU